AUGAGAUUACGACGCAAACGAAGCAUAAGAAGUCUCAAUAGAACACUUGUAUUCACGAUCGUUUUUGCAGUCUUCUUUUUCAGGGCUCAACUGAUUUUUCAUAUUGCUAACAUUAUCUUCCACCCUCAAACUUCGGAGUAUCAAGGUGGGCUGAUUGAUGACAUCCAAUUUAUCAAAUGUUAUCGUUGGUUCAGACAAUGCCAGUCACUCAUUAGGCCCCUUAGUUCAGCUGACAGAAAUUUAGCAGCAUGGGCGAGAGUCUCAAAGAAUCUGUCUGAGGAGACUUCCUACGCUAUAGAAUCUGGUGUUUUGUAUGACACUUACGUAUACGUGCAUAGAUGGAAAAAAUCGAGCAAUUCUCAGCCCAUGACUGAUCUUGCUAUCUCAAAAGAUCCAUUGACUGUACCGCUACGUGUUUUGUCCGAAGUACAAAAGUUGAUACAAUCCAGGGAUAGUUCAGCGUUUCAUAAGCAUAUAUACCAGCAAGAGCCAUCGAUAUGGGAAAGAUUUAGCCCGUGGAAUCAUAAAAGUAAGGGAGAAAUACACCUGCUAGGUGAAGAUUGGCAAUACAAAGGGGGUGGCAUAUGGUGUAAAUACGAGAGCAGGAACGACCCACUAGUUGACAUUGAAGUAUAUCUAGGAGCAGGAUUUGUUGAAUCCAGGCCACAAUGGAAAGAAGUUAUCAGUGAGUAUUUCAGGCCCUAUGUCAAAUCGAACAAAUAUAUACCGCUUUCAAUAACAAAAAAGGUCAAAAGUCUCUCUGAGCCCGAAGUGGAGCCGUUUGACGAUUCUUUACGCUUAAAAUUACCUAUGACUCAUGAUAGGUCAUUCAAAAUUUUGCAAAUAACGGAUGUGCACUUUAGAUGCUCUGACGAUGGGACAAUAUUGUUGAAUGAAUUCCAGACUGUAAAUUUCAUUAUUAAUAUACUUGAUAGAGAAGUUCCCGACCUUGUUGUUAUUACCGGUGAUUUUCUUGAUGGUCUCAAGUCGUUCGAUUACCAAGCUUGCAUCUUAAAACUUGUGCAACCGAUGAUACGAAAAGGUAUAUCUUACGCGUUCUCAUUUGGAGAAGCCGAUUAUUCUCUAUAUGCAACAGAGACCCAGAUCACGGCAUUUAUUUCACGAUUACCAUUUUGCAUGAAUAAAUGGUCUUCCUUAAACAAUCACAUGGCUAUUGAUAUCAAGUUGAACUCGGGAUCUGACAUAGUGCUUUAUGUCUUGGAUUCGUUCAAGAGCGUGGAACCUUUUUUUAUUGAAAGAGAGAGAUUGUCAUUGCCAAAAUAUUCUUUAGCUUUCCGAAGCUUGCCAAUCAAAGAAUAUAGACCGGAAGGAUCGUUUCCAUUGAUUGGACAAUAUAAUGAAAGAUUUGCUCUUGAAUCCAGUUUAAAAAUAGAUUCAAAUUUGGGAGAUAUUCUGAAAAGAUUCAAGAUAAUGGCAAUGAGCUGUGGCUACGAACACAACAAUGACUGCUGUUUGAAAUCAAAUGACGAAAUAUGGCUAUGUUAUGGGGGAAGUUCUGGUGUCGGGUUAGGCAAGAUGUUUGAUAUGCCUGCGAAUGUGAGAGUUUUUAACAUCGAUGAUGAUAAAGGUGAGAUAACAUCGUGGAAGAGAAAUUUCAUUUCAGUUGACUCUGUCUAUGACUAUCAGUACAUAAGAAGCGUGCAAUAA